CCUAAAUUUGUAUCGUGCAUUUUUGAGGUUAUGUGUAAUUAUUUUGAUAUUUUCAUACAAAAGUAUUUCAGGUUUUAAUUUUAUUAAAAAUAAAAUUUAAAAAUGUGCGAUAUUAGUGAAUUGGACAGUUCAGAAUUGGGUACUAAAGAAUAUUGGGAUAAACAGUAUGAAACGGAAAUUGAAAACUUUCGCCAGCAUGGUGACAUGGGAGAUAUUUGGUUUGGUGAAGAUGCCGUUGAUCGAAUAGUACGAUGGAUAACAAAAAAUAAAGAUAUUAAAGUCGAUAGUGGUAUUGUAGAUAUUGGAUGUGGAAAUGGCUAUAUCUUAUUAAAUUUAGCUCAAAGAAAUUUUACGAAACUAUUGGGUAUUGAUUACUCAGAAUCUGCUGUCUUAUUGGCUAAAGAAAUAGCAAAAAAAGAAAAUGUGCCUAACGUAAAAUAUGAAGUUUGUAACGUAUUGGAGGACGUAACUAAAUUAGUGAAUCAAUUUGAUGUUGUCCACGAUAAAGGCACAUACGAUGCAAUUAGUUUAAAUCCAGAAAAUCCAAAAGAUUGCCGAGAGAAGUAUAUAAAAAAUAUAUGGAGCAUAUUAAAAUUAAAUGGAUUAUUGAUAAUAACAUCAUGUAAUUGGACUCAAGAAGAAUUAUUGGAACAAUUUAAGGAAUACUUUAAAUUGUACGAAGUAAUUCCAACACCACAAUUUAAAUUUGGUAAUAAAGUUGGUAAUGUCGUUACAUCAAUUGUUAUGCAAAACUGUAAUUUAUAA